AUGAGCGUCCUGCCAGUCUUGUUCUGGCAGCGUUCUGUCUUGGAGAAACCCAAAGACCGGGAGAUCACCUGCCACCCCACCGCCUGGGACUUCUACGACGGCCAGGACUUCAGAUCAACUAUAUGUACAACUUUGCCUGAAAAGAGACGUGUUUGGGACUCGCUAAUGUUGCAAUCGAGUUGGAGUACCUGUCAAACCACUCUUGCGAAGUUGAAUGCUGUGUGUGUGUGUGUGUGCGUGCGCAAAGGCCGGUGUUUCACCUAUCAACGUUUCCACGAAGCGGUGGGUGACGUCAUAGCGCUGUCAGUGUCCACUCCCAAGCACUUGCGUAAGAUUGGCCUCCUGAAGGAUGAGCAGAACGACGAAGACUCCACCAUGAACUACCUCUACCUGCAAGCGCUACUGAAGGUGGCCUACCUGCCCUUCGCCUACCUCAUGGACCUGUGGCGUUGGGACGUCUUCAACGGGAACAUUACCUCGCACGAUUACAACUGUCGCUGGUGGGAGCUCAGAGAAAAAUACCAGGGCAUUGAGCCGCCAGUUGACCGCACAGAGGAGGAUUUCGACCCUGGCGCGAAAUUUCACAUCGUUACCAACGUACCAUAUAUCAGGUACUUCGUGAGCCACGUCAUUCAGUUCCAGAUCCACCGCGCCCUCUGCCUGGAGGCAGGGGAGUACGUGCAAAAUGACCCCUCCAAGCCUCUCUACAACUGCGAUAUCUACGAAAGCAUUCCCGCCGGAGAGAGGCUCAAGGCGAUGCUGCAGCUAGGGAGCAGCGUGCCGUGGCAAGACGCCCUGGAAGUCGGUACCGGGUCUCGGCGCAUGGACGCUUCAGCGCUGCUCGACUACUUCAAGCCGCUCCACGAGUGGCUCAAGGCCGAGAACGCUCGCACUGGCGAGCGCGUCGGCUGGGGGCCCUCGCGUCGCAAGUGCGUGGCGUCACGAGAGGACCUGAAGCCUGCAGCAGCUGCAGGCCAGCAGCAGCUGUCCAAAGACAAGGAGGAAGCUGAGACAUCAAGAUGA